AUGCCACCUCUUAACGAACGAUACGAUCUCGCCGGCAUCCUCCCACUAUUUACCUACCUCCAUGACAUAGACGAUGCCAUCCACCUGGCCCGGACCUGCAGGGCGGUUUACACCGUGUUUGACGAAUACUACACUCGAGCUUGGAUCUUUCGCUGUAUUAUCAGAAACGCCUCCCACCACGAACAAGACGCCCGUCUCUCCGGCAUCCAAAUCCUCCGCGACACCUUCCACUGGGGCCGCAUCCCCGCCGACGCCUACCUCCUCCGCAAAGACUUCCUCAACGGCUUCGACUUCGAACUCGAUGCCGAGAACAUUUUCGCGAUCGUCUGUCGCUGGCACGCCCUCCGCACGUUGUUUACGUUGUACUGCGACAAAGCCAUCCACCGGAUGUACACCACAGGAUGGAAAACUUUCUGGGAUCAGGACUCGCUCGUCAAGGAGGGUUGUCUCGGCGAUACAGAUCCGUUACCGAGGUCGCCAUCGACGACGGCAGGAUCUCAGCGCAAGAUUAUUCGCAUCUCACACGAUCAGCGCCGUCGUGGGUACCGUCGUUUCUACAAAGCCUUGAUAUCGCACUGGUGCGCCCUCGAGCAUUUCUACCUCUCCCGUGUCUUCGUCUACCCGGACGACCUGGAGCGAAACGCAUUUAAUAAUCUCGCGUCCAUGAAAUGGCGAUAUAACCCGCACCGCCGGCUGUCUGAUAAAUUGGACAUUCUCGAAGUCACGGACUUUAUCUGGGAGUUUCUGCCUAGGAAGGUCUUCGAUAGCGAGUCCCCGGAUGCGUGGAACCCCGACGAUCCCACGUAUCUGGUCGAGCGCAUGUAUCUGCUUCGUCCGCCGCAGAUCAUCCAGUUCGUGGAUCUGGCGCUUCGCGUGACGCCAAGGCCGUUGCCGAAUCGGAUCGCCUUGUUCGAUGACUUGAUUACGGAGUAUCAUCGCUUUGAUGGGCUGAGUGAAGGGCUUGAGGCGGAGAGAUACUGUUUGAUGGAUUUGGAAGACGAGGUCGCGCAUUAUAUUUACCGGUCUGGUGUGAGGGGGAAGGAGUUGGCGUUUGUGGAGGAGAAUAGUAGGGAGGCCGUCACCGCUUGGUAUCGGUAUCGCGGGCAGGCGUGGUGGUUGGAUUCGAGAGGAUGGAUUCUGUUUCGGGCGGAGGGGCCGAGAAUGUUGAUGACGAGGAUGUUGGAGUCUAUCGAUGUCAAUUAG